UCGGACUUCCUCGUCUUCGGAAGCCACACCCACCCGCGUCAGCCUGAUAGGGUCCAGCUGUCCCUCCCGCGCGCACACAGUCUGUGACACGCUCAGCUGCUGCACGCGCUCCCACACGAACACACCUGUACACGGAGACAGGAGCUGCGCGCGCGGGAGGAGGAGGCCUGAUGAACGGCUGACAUGGAUGUGACGGGCCUCUGAGCAAACCACGUCUGAUUGGAAGAAGCUAAAGUCUCUCGCCACCUGAACUCAAGAAACACGAUCCACCAGAAUCCAAAGCUUGUUGAGGCAGAACCAUGCAGACAGUAAAGUGUGUGGUUGUGGGCGAUGGUGCCGUGGGGAAGACCUGUCUCCUCAUUUCCUACACCACCGGAGCCUUUCCCAAGGAGUACAUUCCCACUGUGUUCGACAACUACAGUAGCCAGGUGACGGUGGACGGCCGGGUCAUCAGUCUGAACCUGUGGGACACGGCGGGUCAGGAGGAGUAUGACCGUCUGAGGACUCUCUCCUACCCGCAGACCAACGUCUUUGUCAUCUGCUUUUCCAUCUCAAGCCCCGCCUCCUUCGAGAACGUCAAACACAAGUGGCACCCAGAGGUGUCCCACCAUUGUCCUGGCAUUCCCAUCCUCCUGGUCGGCACAAAGAGUGACCUCCGAAACAACGACGAGCUGGUGAAGAAGCUGAAGGAGCAGAGCCAGGCGCCCAUCAGCCACAGUCAGGGAAGCGCCUUGGCACGGCAGAUCCAGGCCCUGCGCUACCUGGAGUGUUCGGCCCUGAACCAGGACGGCAUUAAGGACGUGUUCGUGGAGGCUGUGAGGGCCUACCUCAACCCGCAGCCCACCGUCGCCAAGAGGCCCUGCGUCCUGCUGUGAAGUCGGCCCCGUCCCGCAGAGACUUCUCGAACUCUUUAUGUUUUUAAAACUUUUCCUAGAUUUAUAUCAGUUGAUUAGAAAAUUACUCAAACAUGCAUAACCUUUGAUUUCCAGCAGUUUGUGUCCUUUGCGUCCGGUGGCUGGACGCAUCAGCGCGCUGCAGCUGUAGCCGGGACCUGCGGUUUAAGAUGUCCGCCUUUGACCCAGUGCUAAGGGCUCGUAUAACUGCUGAAGGAUUCAAGUUCACAAAAUUAUCAUUUGAUUAAAUAAUAUUUUUCAA